AUGCAAGUCAGGAGGAAGCCGCAUCUCGUCAAUCCGCAUCCGUACAGCUUCACGAUCACCAACGCGGACGCGUGCGUCAAGGGUGCCAACACCAACGGCUACGUGGACGUCCUGUGCCUCGUGUACACGGCUACCAGCGACAGUUACUCACGCACGCUGAUCCGCAAGACGUGGGCGAGCGCCAGGCGCGUAAAGGGCAAGCGUAUCGUCACCAUGUUCCUCCUGGGCCAGCGAGGCGAGGAGACUCAGUUCCUCAUCGAUCUGGAGAACAACCAUUACCACGACAUCAUCCAGGAGAACUUCCACGACUCCUACUACAACUUGACGCUCAAGACACUGAUGGGCCUGCGCUGGGCGGCCCAGUUCUGCCCCAACGCACGCUACAUCCUUAAGGUCGACGUGGAUAUGUUCGUCAACGUCUACAACCUCUUGGACCGGCUGGACAGCGCCCCGACGCGGAACUUCGCCGAGGGGAACCUCAAACCCGUGACCAAACCCAUCCGGGACCGGCACAGCAAGUGGUACACGUCCCCCAAGGUCUACCCCAACGCCACCUACCCGCCGUACCUGGACGGACCGGCCUACCUCAUGACCGGCGACCUAUCCGCCCGCAUCUUUGGCACCUCUCUCCACACUAGGUUCCUGCCGUGGGAAGACGCCUACGUCGGGAUCAUCAUGCACAAGAUCAAAGUGGAGCUCAAGUACAACGGGAAGUACGAGAAUCACCUGGACUACCACAAGGAGCAGGAGAUGCUGCGGAAGAUCAACGAGUGCAUCACGUUCCAUCUUGGGGAGGACAAAGACGAGAACAAGGAGAACAUUGUGAUGGUUUGGAACCGCGUGCGCAUGCUCAACGACAUCCCUGUUUUGGAUUGACCGGGGUGAUGGAUUUGUCUGAACAAUGCACAGACACAUGCUUUUUUUUCAGUCUUGGGUGUGUUAGGAGGCAUAGACUGACGGUCGAUUCC